AAUCGGAAUGUUCGAUUGCUCAAUUACACUCGAGAGCAAAAAACAAAAAGGUCAACUCUUACGCAGAGUGGCUGAAAAACUCUAAUGAAAUUAGUGAUUGAUUGGAAUAGUAAUUGAAACUAGCAAGCGGGCUCAGACAUAAAGAAUUUCAAUUUAAAAUAAAAUAUAUGUAAAUUAUAUUACUUUCUCACAAAGAACUGCAAACUGGCUGUUAAGUGUUGAAAAAGUGACUCCUGCUGGUUUCCAUUAAGCAGAAAUGGGAAAAACAAUCAAAGUAAUUGGAUGUGCUGGAGCCGGAGCCCUUCUCAUUCUCCUCCUGCCCCUUUGCCUGAUCCAAAAUUAUGGACAACCAUACGGUAAUGGCUCCCAUCCACUGGCCAGUGCUCCUCCUCCCACUGCUCCUCCAUCUGCAUCUCCUGCUCCUCGGGAAUCUGGAAGGGAUGCGAUGAUGCGACUGCACCGGCAGAAGCGCUAUCUGCUCUUCCCGGAGGGCUCCUCCUUCCAGCUGGUCUUCGAUAUCAUCAUACCCAUCGUGGACUACACCAACUACGCCAUCCUGGGAAUCACCUGCUCGGUGGCAUGGGAACUGCCCAGCAAGCCGCCCAGCGAGCUGAUUGAAAACGUGCUCACCCGCAUCAACGACGGCACCAUCGGCACCGUUCGCCGGAAUGGCAGUGUCCCCGAUCCAGAUCCGGAGUCCCUCAAUCCCCAGGAUCAGGACAAUCGAGCCACUGCUAAUUGGCAGGCAGUGCACGCACCGCCAGCGAAUCCUUCGGCAUAUGCGGCCAAUGACCAGGGAUCCCAUUCGUACUACACGAAUGUCCAUCGCAUCCCGCCCGCUUACCCAUAUGCAAAUGCGAAUCCGAAUGCCAAUGCGGAUGCGGAUGCGGAUGCGGAUGCAAAUGCAAAUGGACAGCAGCGACAGGCGGCGAUGGCUGCUAAUUGGCAUGCGCGACAGUCGCCGUUAAAGUGGCAACAGCGGGGGGAAUGGUGGCAGAAAGGGGGAGAGGGAGCGGGAAUUGGAGGGGGAGCGGGAACGGGAGCUGGAACGGACAACUGGUGGACACGAAACGGACAGCGAGUGGAGCAGAGCUGGCGCGAAAAGCAACGCAUGUGGGGUCCAUCAAAGUGGGACUAUAGCUACACCCAGCGACCACGACAAGUUCUGCAAUCACCACCCAAACAUCACAUUUAUCCUGUUUUUGCAAGGCGCAGAAGGCGAAGAAGUGUUGAGCAGGAUCCUCAUUUCGAGAAACUUCAUUUACAACAACACCUGAGUUCACGACAACUGCUCUUUGGCAAAAUCGAACGUCUAUAUAAGUCACGUCGACUGAAUGGCACCUCCUGUGUUCAACGAGCCCUUUGCGAAUCCGCUCAAAGGCAAAAACAACUACAGGAAAAUAAUAUGGUCAAACCACAAAGCUUUAUAAUGGAACUGCUCUCGGCCAUCUUUCAACUUCCCCAUAGCGAUGAUGUAGACAACUUGGAGGAUCUGGAGAUUUUGGUUUCUCCUCAUUAUUUAGAGGCCCAUCAACAAAAAGGAGAUUGUCGACAACUCUACGGUGAUUGUAAUCAUUCAUUUUGGUUGGAAUCAAUUUAA